AUGUUUCCUCCAUCACAGGGCUUGCGCCUGGACAUCGAUGCCAUCAGUCAGAUAUGCGGUUCUGUUUCGAUCGCUUGUUGGAUAGAUGAUAUAGUGGUCUUCUCGCCGCAAAUCAUCGAAAACUGGAGAAGGAACUCAGCUGAGGGGCUAUCCGUUGUCUUCAUCACAGUAUGGCUUCUAGGCGAUUUUUUCAACAUCUUCGGCGCCGUCCUCCAAGGUGUCCUUCCAACGAUGAUCAUCCUGGCAGUGUAUUACACUUUCGCAGACAUCGUGCUUCUAGGCCAAUAUUUCUGGUACGAGGGUUUCCGCCUCACCGACAAAGUGAGCUCAAGUGAGGAAUCCUCGGAAGAAGAAGACGACGAAGCGACUCUACCCUCGGAGCGCUCACCCCUCCUAUCCCCGUCACUAAGAGAUAGACAUGACCCAAGUAACGGCUUCCGCACCGCUCCCAGGAUCUCAGAUGCAGACGGACGCAGACGCAGCUCCGCGCACUCGACAAACUCCUUCCGCGAGCGCUUCCUCUCCGUCUCAGGCACACAUCUCUCGCCCGUAACUCCAUUACACGAUGAUCCCACGUCCGCGCCUCACAAGCCAGCGCAUCGCCCGCAGACUAGUCCUUCCACAGUCCAAACCGUCCUCUUCAACAUCGGUAUUAUCAUCCUCGUCUGCGCCUCCGGCGUCUUCGGCUGGUGGCUCUCCACUACACGCUCCCCCGCAACCACACCGCCGCCAACCGAGUCCUCCCCCGAAACACUUCACUUCAACAUAUGGGGCCAGAUCUUCGGGUACAUCUGCGCGGCACUGUACCUCGGGUCUCGUAUUCCGCAAUUACUGCUCAACUACCGGAGGAAAUCUACCGAGGGUAUAUCUAUGCUGUUCUUCUUGUUUGCUUGCAUUGGCAAUUUGACCUAUGUCUUGAGUAUUGUGGCGUACAAGCCUGUGUGCAGGAAGCCCAACCAUUGUAAAGAAGGUGAGGCUCUUGCCAUUUACGGACGAUACAUUGCGGUCAACCUCAGCUGGUUGCUGGGGAGCUUCGGAACACUGUUGCUUGAUGCCGGAGUCUUUAUACAAUAUUUCCUGUACAGAAAGGAGGAUGAGAGUGACAGCGAGGAGGAAGGAGCGCGGUAG